AUGGUAGCCGGGUAAGUUGAAAGUUCUUCGGCACGCACACGUCUCUACUCGUGGGGCAGCCGGCGAAAGCACACGGAAAGGGCAUGCAAGAGAUAUUUGACUUACACUGGAGAGGCAAAUUAAAGCUAUCCAUCAGACACGGAUCGUAGGUCGGUUCGUCCUCCACCGUCUGUUUCGCGGAAACACAAAGGCGGGCGUAGCAGAGCUCGCAGUUGCACAUAAUUUCCGACAGAGGUUGAAUAUCCUCUUUAGUCGUUGGAGUUGAUUCUAGAAGCUGCUUAGUCAUGUUGGGAAAUCGUAGAUCACAUAGGUCUACGAGGAGUGCCUGCGAAACAAGCAGCCAAGAUGUCUGUCUCAGACAGACAACUAUGCGCUGACUGCCAGACGGAUUAUCGAUCUGCACAGCUGUUCGUUCAAACUAGCGUUCGAUGAUGUUGGCCAAUAGAGUAGUGCACGUGGCUCGCAAAUUGAGGACGAAUAAAGCUUAGUGCACAAACUCUAAUGGCUCAGUUUAGGAAUACUGGUAGAAACCGACCAAUCAGCUGUAUCUUCGAUUUGAUUAGUUAACGUGUUUUCUACUGUUUGCGUCUCCAUUUCAGUGCAAUGGUCCCGCUACUUUUCUGCUGUCUUGUGUACUUGACCUUGUAGCUGACCUUUACGUCAGCUUAUUCUAAUAAUCGUUAACAGUUUAGCCAGCAAACUGCCAAAAUCAAGCUCCUCACAACUGCCGACCGGCGAAACUGCUUAACAGCUCUCAUUUAAAAGCCUCCUUUGACGACAGAACGAGCCUACACUAUUACUGACAAACGCGUUAUGUUGAAUGCCAAAGUGAAAAAAGUCAGCUAGCAGCGAACAUAACAAUACUGAGGAUCACCACUGUCGAAAUCCCCAACUUACAGUUUAUUCUACCCAGGCCGGGAGCUAAUGAGAAUUGGGACUAACUUAACUAAGUGUCAUGCAAGAUCUGCAAUCUCAAAAUGAACAGAGUGCAAAAGAGGCUUCAGCGGUAAAAGGUCGCGUCGCGACUAAUGGCGGAAAUGAUAAACGCCAACAAUAUGUGGAGAUAAAUAGACUAUAAGUUGAUAAGUUAAAGCGUUCUUGAUUAGGUUAAGGGUGGAACCAUGAAUGAGUCAUCCUCAGAAUGGAAGCUAGCGGCUGGCGGAUUAAAUAGAACUAAAAGUGUGAUGAGUGUUCAUUCUCACCCCGAUAGGGGAUCGAGCAGCUUCGGCUACCUUGCUGAGAAUGCUACCGUUCUUCCCAGAGGGGGAUUGGAGUAGUAGCGAAGUCGACUGCUGCUAUAGCCGCGUCCGACGUUCACUUCAUAGAGUCAAUUUCCUGCUUCCAGAUAAGAGGCAGAUUUGCUGCUCGUGAAACAUUGAAGGGCGGAUUUUGGCCUUCCUAUGGUUGCCAGGGCUUGGUACACUGUGUUCAAGUAAAGGUUCCAGCUUCGAUUACUUCCUUCUCUGUCCUGAAUAAGAACGAUGGACUUGUGGGGAUACCUUGACUUGUGUACCUGAUCGAUGCGACGGCGAAUUUUUCGGAAUCCUUUUUCUCUGGGAAAUUUCUGCACAAGCAUUCUGGAGGAGGAAUCACUAACGUCGGUUUCGUAAUAACAUUAUUCAAUCCCUUAAGUGCCAUGUCAUGAAAGCCAUAAGCCAUGCGGAAAUGGGAUUUUUUAGUUUUAUUUCAUUCACACAUAAAGUCGUAGAGCACUCCUUCCCCAUGGUAAGUUACAGGAUUGAAUCGCUCCCUAGAACCCAGCAUUUGAAAGUAUGAAGUAGGACACCUUAGAAAGUAACGAUAUUCAUUGAGUGUGCCACGUACUUUGCAUGUCGGUUCUCUGAAGGCACACUUAAAUUUCCCUCUAAGUUUUUCUGGAGCUAGGCAUUGACAUAUUGUUACUAGUGAGAUAUCAGUCAGACAACUGACAAACCUAGUAAUCGGAGCAAAAAUCUCGGUGGAGUGGGCCCAUAUGUAGUGGAGCCAACGUUUUUAAGUCUCUGCCCUCAAAACGUUUCUACAAAACUACUUUAAUGCCAGCUUGUAGUUGUUCAGGGGGGUAAGACUGCCUUACUCUAAAUUUCAGGGGGGCUAACUAUUCCCCUGUCCUAACGUUAAAUCCAACCCUAACAAUUUUUGGGAUUUAGCGCAAGAUUACCUGCAAUACGGGGGUUCCAUGUCUCCGCGCCCAACCAAGUUCCCCAUCAGAAGUGAUUUCGGAAAAAAUUGGCUUUAGGAUCCAUUCACGUUUACGCGAAACAUUUUCUAGAAAAAAGGUGGAGCUUCGUAUCGUCGUCGAAAACUGUUGGGAAACUACGCUAAAAGGCUUUGAUCAUCCCUAGAAUAGAUGGCUUCGCAGGAAACACGUAGAUUUCCUGUCCGCGGCCGAUAAUCUGCGAUUGUCGACCUGGAAAGCUCGAUCAACUCCGAAGGCCGUAGGUCCCAGACUCGCCCUUACGACUUCAGGGACUAUUGCGGACCAGGUUUUGGGCCGACCUCCUGUUCGGUGCCCCAACUUGUGCACCAGAAUAGAAUUGAGGCAUGCAAAACCAGACCCCUAGGGCAAGAUUUGGAGAACGUGCACGUGCCAUGUUAGUUGUCUUCUUGGGAUGGCCAGAGACGUCCACGCAAAUGUGUCGCACCGAUUGAACACACAAUUUCCCAGAAAGGUAAUUGGAUGUAGUUCAUCCUAGUGAUUGUCUUCAGGCAUCAGCGGUUAAGAACCUCCAGUUUAUGCUUAGCCUGGAAAAGAGGACAAGUUGAACGAAUGUUUGGAUCUUCAUGGCGACUGUGAUGUCGCGUUGAGUCCAUAGAGGGGGGAGAAUGCUUGUGAAAACCUUGCACGCCCAACUUGCUGCCCUCAUUCUGCCCGUUUGGCAGAAAAUUGACUCCAAGACAUUUUAGGGUCAGCAUUCCGUAAAUUUUGGAAGCUAUAAUCAUUAAAGCGACAGGUCAAGUCGCCUUGAGGGAAAAAUCAUAAGUCACAUGGCGAUCGCCAGUGAUCGUGUAUCCACUGUUUCAUUACUCAAAGUGUUGUCAGAGGUUUGGUGCCGCUUGAAAAGCAGUUGAUUAUGGGCAGCAGUUAAAAGAAUGAGUGAGUUUACGUAUAUCCCUUCAGAGCCGAUGUAGCCACACGUUUAAGGUAUCGCAAUGGCAACGUAAUCCACUUGGUGGAGGAACACGGGAACUCCACUAUUCACUCAUACUAAUGAUGAUGAUGAUUUUGUUGUUGUUGAUCCUGUUGAUGUUUUUGAAAACGACGACGAUGAAGAAGAAGAAGAAGAAGAAGAAGAAGAAGAUGAUGAUGAUGAUGAUGAUGGUGGUGGUGGUGGUGGUGGUGGUGGUGGUGGUGGUGGUGGUGGUGGUGGUGGUGGUGGUGGUGGUGGUGGUUGGAUGUUGGUGUGA